AUUUACUACUUGCCAGCGAAACAAAAUUGUGACAGCUGAUUCUCUUGUUGGUGUUUUUUUAUUUACAACUCGGUAAUGAUUUUAUCUGUACUUGUGCACACGCAUAAUUUAAGAUGGACUCUGCCUCUUGCACUUUCGCUAGGAUCCUCUCCUAUUUACAUAAGUGUGUGGGCAGCAGCCAGGAUUGUGACUUUUUGUCUGCCUCGAUCUGUUUACACAUAUACAGAUGACCGAUUGUAUGCACUGUAUCAGCGAUUGGUUUUAUUCAUAUUUAAUACUUAUUCGACAUCAAAGGUAAAAGUAUAUGGCAAUAUAUCUGCUCUUAGAGGCAAGAAAGAAAAUGUCAUAUUUAUAUGUAACCAUCAAUGUACAGUGGACUGGGCUGUGGCCAACAUGAUUGCCCUGCCACAGGGGUCCAUAGGCAGGAUUCGCUACAUACUAAAGGAUGGCCUCAAGUACUUUCCACUUUAUGGAUUCUAUUUUAGCCAGCAUUCCUGCAUAUUUGUGAAGACGAAAGAUGGCAAAUUUAAUGAAAUGAAAGCUCGCACUGAUGUUGCUAAACUGAAAAAGAACAAUAUUCCUGUAUGGAUGGUGCUGUUUCCAGAAGGAACUCGGAUGAGUCCCGCUCGUAAUGAUGUGCUAGAGAAACGAAGGUCCUAUACCGCUAUGCAAGGUUUGGAGCCGCUGUCUCACGUUUUGAUGCCAAAGGUUCGAGGAUUACAGCUGACCCUUGAUGAACUCCGGGGUCAUGUCAGUGCAGUGUAUGACCUAACCAUCGCCUACAGCAACACUGUUGACCCCCAGACUGGGUCAAGGCUCCCUGCACCAGAUAUAACUGAAUUUGUUUCGAAAAGUUCCCCAGAAAUCCAUUUACAAUUUGAGAGAAUUCCUAUUAAAGAAGUCCCCAGUGAUGAAAAUGGACUGAAAAUGUGGCUUUACAGCAGAUUUCAGGAGAAAGAGAGACUGCUUGCUCACUUUUAUUCAAGUAACGCUUCUAUGGGGGGUCGUUUUCCUGGCGAAUCUCAAGAUCUGAAUAUCCCAGCAUCCUCCACUCUUCCUUCCUUCCUGUUCUUCACUUCCUGUCUAGCUGUAUUGCUAAGCAACAAGACAGGUCGCGACCUCUAUUGGAAAACAUGGCUGUUUGGUUCAAUUGCUGGUUGCCUGUGGAUGGCAGUUAGACACUAGUCAAGGUCACAAGUCUAGGUCAUAGGUUGUUAUAUCCCUUUGCCAUAUGAAUAUCACUAGUCUAGGUCAUAGUUUUUGUAUAGCCCUUUGCCAUAUGAAUAUCACAUUUGUUAAUAUAUGCCUUUUGCCAUAGAUAUAUCACUGAGGGUUUAGGCUAAGCUCCUUAGAGAAAUCCUAAAUAAAGUUGUACUUGUGGAAAAAUGUCAGGACAAAGAUUGUUUGUGAAAUUUAAAAUAAAAUAAUAUAAUAUAAAAAUGUUUUGCGAUAUGUACUUUUUCUGGCAUUUUUAUGAAGAAGACCUUAACACGAUAGAGUCAAAACAUAAUGAUUUUAGGUUUUCCUUAAAGAGUUUCUUUGAUACAGGCUCUGAAAUUUAUUUACAUGUUAGAUAUGCCUUUCACAAGUUAUCAGAUUGUUAAAUAUCACAUAUUUUAAGAAAUGCUAUGACUGCCCUACUUUUGCAUUUAUUGUUUUUGCAAAAUAUUUAAUGCAAUGAAGUAUUA